AUGUCUGCCACUACCGUUCACGUCAAGAACAUCUCUCCCUCCACGGAGGACAAGGAGAUUCGAGACUUCUUCGCAUUCUGCGGCAAGAUCGCAUCCAUCGAUGUCAAGCCUGAGGGCGACUCCAAAUCAGCCACUGUCGUGUUCGAGAAGGAGACCGCUGCCAAGACAGCUUUGCUCCUGAACAGCACCCAGCUCGGCCCCUCCCAUAUCAGCGUCACCUCCGCUGGCGACUCCUCGUCCGAUGACGAUACCCAUGUCACUACCAAUGCCGAGCGCGACUCGGACGAGAUCACACAGGAGGAGAAGCCCCGCAGUCGUAUCUUCGCCGAGUAUCUCGCACACGGCUACGUCGUCGGCGACGCGGCGCUGCAGCGCGCCAUCGAGCUCGACCACAAGCACGGCGUGUCCUCACGGUUCGUGAACACCAUCCAGAGCCUCGACGCAAAGUACCACGCCACCGACCGUGCCAAGACCGCCGACCAGAGCUACGGCAUCACCCAGCGCGCCAACUCCCUGCUGACCGGCCUGGGCUCUUACUUCGAGAAGGCCACCGCCACCCAGCCCGGCAAGAAGAUUGUCAACUUCUACACACUGGGCCAGAAGCAGGUCACCGACAUUCACACCGAGGCCCGCCGUCUUGCGGAGCUUAAGAAGCAGGAGCACGGUGGCAGUGCAUACAAGGCUGCUGGUUUGGAGAAGGUGUUUGGUGCCGAGAAGACACCCGCUGCCCCGGGUGGCAAGGAGGAGAGCGCCACGACCACGACCGAGACUACGACUCCGGUAAAGCCCGCUGAGGGUGGUGUCGGUGUUCAGGAGUCUGCUCCUGUUCCCGCCGUUCAGGACCCGAAGGUCUAA